GUUGCCGACAUCAACCAACCUCGCCCACCCGUUAUCUUUUACACACGUUCCCAAUCCGCCCUGCCACACUCGCCGAUCAUGCGGUCUCUUCUUCUCGGCAUCGUCUCCGUCCUCGUCGGCAUGGCACUGGGUCAUGCCGGCGCAAACCCCGACAUCGCGCAAGUGAGCGGUGGCGGCGGCGUGUUUGCUUGCGCCAUGCCACAGUGGUCGCACGGCUGCAAGUACUUCCCUGCCCACGAUGGCUGCCAAAACGCCGACCUCUACAACGACGUGGGCGGACGGGUCUUCGAGAUCUAUGCAUUUGGACCGGAUCAAGGAACUCGAUGUAAGACGUUCGCGAAAGCCAACUGCAUUCAGCCAUUCUACGCGUUGAAAGACACUCCUACAAAAGACUGGUCUAUUACAUACCCAGGCGCCGCGGAGACUUCCGAGGCUGUUCGUAGCUUCAUGUGUUACCCGGGUUAGGGUAUGCUCGGUCGCGACGACUACUUCAUUGACCUUGCCGGAGGGAGGGCUGGAUACCGACGAAGAUAGGAGCUGAUAAAGGGCUUUCUAUGGAUGUUACGACUUGCAGUUGCCUGCAAGACGAAUGGAAGCAUCAUGCGUAGUAAUUAUCAUGUAGGCGAAGCACGGUAUUCUCAAAAUAUCCAGAGCUUGGG